ACCGCUUUUUCUCCGUCAGAUUUUCAUCAUUUCUCAUCAGCCGUUAGAAGCAACAUCCAGAUCUCCUCCACAUAUUGAUGAAGAUGUCUUCUCCCGAGAAGAGACCGAGCCUUGUCCAUCUGCAGAGGCUUCGCACCCCGGCUCUGAUUGUCCUGCUGCUCUUCGUGGAGACGCUGCUGGGGUUGAGGUUUGAGUGUCCUGAGUUAGAAGAAACGGGGAUUGUCUACUGCCUCCUGUAUUUAUUCCUGCCGGCAUCUUUCUUAGUUAUUUCUAAUUUACUGCUCAGAUCAAGAAGAACUUCCAGUGCGUCUCUACCACCACCGGAUGCCCAUAUUAUGUAUCUCAUCAUAGAACUCGGGAAAGCUCCUCUGAUCUGGGUCUUCAUCAUUCUGCUCAAUCGGGAGUUUCUCUCCUGCCUCUUUAGAAAUGUGCACACUGUUAUACAACGUCGGCUCUUCCCUUCCUUACAGAUUUGUGGCCUUGUGCUCCUGGUUCUGUGCGUGACGCUGGAUUAUUAUUCACCGCGCUUCCCCUUUCUACAGAAGCACCUGCAGUACUAUAAUCGCAGGCGGCACGAGGAGCUCGUCCUGCGGGAGAUUGAGGUUGUCGUCCAGGAGGCGGCCGAUAUGAAGAGGAAGGCUUAUGCUCAGUCUAUGAUCAGUCCACAUCUGGGUGAAUUAAACCCUGAAGACCCAGGGAUGCCGGAUGUGAUGUUACACCUCAUACAGCAAUAUCAGGCCAAGGUCCAGCAGGGAUCGGCAGGCGAGAGGAGGGCGGAGCCUACGGAGCAAGGGGGGCAAAGUGAGGGUCCGCUGCAGACCCCGUAGGCGAGCAAAGCUAACCACACCAACAAUCAUAUGGUAUAUCACUAACGUGUGAGCCCGGGUGCGCUCCAACUGCAUAGAAGUAAAGCUCUGCGGAAUAUGUUGGUGCUAUAUAAGUAAAAUAAAUAAGUAAAGCAGAAUCAUUGUAUGGUCCUAAUAUG